CCCUUUAAUAGUGGGCGGGGCUUUAUUUUGUAGUUCUUCCUCUAUAAACAACAUGCCGUCUGGUUCAGAUACUGCAGACGUGAACGAGGAUGAUAAACCCUCCAAAAAUGUCAUUGCGCUUGUAUCACAGUUCGCUGACGAUAACUUAACUAUUGUCCGGAACAUUAGCACAUGUCUUGGUCUCGCGGGUCUUCUGAUCAUAGCGAGGAGCAUCAGACUGAUGACAAAAUUUGGCUCUGCCACUGAUAUUCCAGCUCGGUUCAUUGAGAGAAACGUCAGCAUCAGAGGAAGACUGACAAAUAUCACAGAAAAAGGGCUUGAAGUGGAACACAUUCCAAUUUAUGUCCCUUUGUUCAGUCGUCUUUUUACUAAGCGUCAGUCCGUGACCCUCCUGGAUGUUCGUCUGGCCGGAGUGGAGAUGACCUCAGAAGGGCACGACUGGAUCGUUCAACAGCUGAAACCUGCUGAGACGGUGUGGCUCCGACUGAUCGCUCGACAGAACGGGACCCUCCACUGCCUAGUGUCAGUUAACAGGGGCUCACUCUUUAACACUUGUGUGAAUGAGGAACUUUUGAGGCAUGGUUUGGCAAGGACUUCUCCUCUUGUGGGUCUGGAUCCUCACUCUCGCAUCUACUGGAGUCUCUAUAAGCGAUUACUGAGGGCCGAGAGCAGAGCAGAGAAGAAAGGGAAAGGCCUGUGGAAGGAGGAGAGUCGCUGGGAGAGAGUUACUGAUGUCUUGAGGAACAAUAUGCUGGUCAGCUCAGUUAAGAAACUCUUCAAAUGGACAUCUGGGACUAAAGAGAAGUGAAAUAUUCCAAAAAGGUUGGUUAUAGACUGUGAAAAAGUUGUUUGGUUUGAUGUAUUUUAUACAAUAUUUAUCCUAAAUGUGAUAAGGGAAGCAGCACGAUUAAACUUUCAUGUGAGAAAUUUC